AUGACUGAAGCGCCCAGCAAGCAGCGGAAGAGGAAGCGUGAUGAGAGCGACAACAAGAAAGCAGCCGCAGCAGCACUAUCAGGGUCUAGGAGGAUGCCAGUCGACAUGCUGGAAACAGCCUGGAGCAUCAGCAGGAACCACCCAAUCAACCCAGCCUACGUCCAGGAGCUGCUACACGCCUUCAGGAGUGGCGGGCUGAAACGGCGCGCGCCUGAGAACCGUAUUGCCGUCCUCUGCAGCGCUGAGGAAGUCAGGCGUAUAAAGCAGGAUGGCGGCGACGUGGAGGAGGCUGACAAUAGUAACGACGACAAUAAAGACGACGACAGCCCUCGCAAGCUAUCCUUCCUACGAUAG